ACCGUGGACCGUGAACGUGUUGGAUAGAAAAUGUUUGUGGAGUUGCUGGUGCUGCUGUUGACGGUGGCCGUCGUCUGGGACUAUCUGGUGGGUCGGAAACACAGCAAAUACUUUGAUAAGGCCGGCAUCAAGGGGCCCUUCAGAUGGCCCGUCGUGGGCAAUGCUCCAAUGAUGCUUAAGGAGACGCCCAAAACCGUGUUCGACUUGCAGUGGCGCCUGAUCCAGACACAUGGCAAGAACAUACGCUUCCAGAUCCUCCAAGAUCGCGGCUUGAUGACAGCGGACCCGAAGAUGAUCGAGGCGAUCAUGAGCAGCCAGCAGACGAUACAGAAGAAUAACUUAUACGGCCUGCUGGUCAACUGGCUGGGCGACGGUUUGCUGCUGAGCAAGGGCAAGAAAUGGUUCCGCAGGCGCAAGAUUAUCACGCCGGCGUUUCACUUUAAGAUACUCGAACAGUUCGUGGAGGUCUUUGAUCAGCAGAGCGCCAUUAUGGUCAAGAACUUGUACGAUCGUGCGGACGGCAAGACGGUGAUCAAUAUGUUCCCCGUUGCCUGCCUGUGCGCCCUGGACAUCAUCGCUGAGACGGCCAUGGGCGUCAAGGUCAAUGCGCAGCUGCAGCCAAACUUUCCCUACGUGCAGUCGGUGACAACUGCCUCUGCCAUGCUGGCGGAACGUUUCACCAAUCCCGCCCAACGUUUGGACGUCUUCAUGCGGCUCUUCUUUUCCUCUGCGUUCGCCGAGCUUAAUGCGAAUAUAAAAACGAUGCAGGACUUCACGAACGGCGUGAUCAGCGAGCGACGGGAUCUGCUGCAAAAGUCCAUGGCCGAUGGCACGUACGAGGCGUCCAAUGCAGCGUCCCAGGAUGAUGUCGGCCAGAAGCGCCGCAUGGCCCUGCUGGAUGUGCUGCUGCAGUCGACCGUUGAUGGUGCGCCCCUGAGCAAUGAGGACAUACGCGAGGAGGUGGACACGUUCAUGUUCGAGGGCCAUGACACCACCACCAGCAGCAUUGCCUUCACCUGCUAUCUGCUGGCACGCCAUCCGGAGGUGCAGGCGCGCGUCUUUCAGGAGGUGCGCGAUGUCCUCGGCGAUGACAAGAAUGCGCCCGUGAACACCCAGCAGCUGGGCGAGCUCAAGUAUCUGGAGUGUGUGAUCAAGGAGUCGCUGCGCCUGUUUCCCUCGGUGCCCAUUAUCGGACGCCACAUUGUCGAGGACACCGUGCUGGAUGGCAAGCUGAUACCCGGCAACACAGAUGUCAUGAUACUGAUCUACCAUGCUCAACGCGAUCCGGACCACUUCCCCGAGCCGCACAAGUUCGUGCCGGAACGUUUCAGCUCGGAGCGCAAGGGCGAAAUCAAUUCCUUCUCCUACACACCCUUCUCGGCGGGGCCACGCAACUGCAUUGGCCAAAAGUUUGCCAUGCUGGAGAUGAAGAGCACCAUUAGCAAGAUGGUGCGACACUUUGAGCUGCUGCCCCAAGGCGAGGACGUGCAGCUGGUGCUGAAUAUCAUUCUACGCUCCACCACGGGCAUCAAUGUGGGGAUCAAACCGCGCGUCUAUUGAGUGUCCUAGCGCCCAGCUGUUUGUUGCUAUGACUGAAGAUGGGCAGCAGUCAGCUAUCGAUAGCAUGGCAGUGCUGUGCAAUCAUCGAUUUCUUGUUAGUUUCUAAGCCGAUUCGCAUUGUAAAUAUUCCAAUAAAAGCAAAUCUUUCAUCCA